CUUUUUGAGCCCGUCAUUAUUCUGUAUGUGUACCCGGACUGCAAGCAAACAUGUCGCUCUUUUAUGCGUUAGAUAGGCGAACAGCAGAAUCCACAUCGCGCGUCAUAAACUAGGCAAAACUAUUUCCCUGUCGGCCCUAUACACUGUCACAGAAAUGAUACACGCUUGCAGUUGCUAUUUUACUACUAGCAAGAAGAAAGCUUCCCAGAACCUCCCGUUUUUCGUACCCGGACCGGAAACAUGGACGUAAGCCGGCAACAAACUAGCAGUGUUAUUAAAUUUUUGCACAGAAAAGCAAUAAAGAUGGAAGUUAUGGGUGAUACCUACCUACACCUAAACCACACACCCCUCUGUCGGUCUGUGAAUGUUGAUGCUCCGAGGAGAUGAUGGUGUAGCAAAGAACAUCAACUCCAUCGUACGCGUCUCUCCUCCAAAGAAGUUGACAUCCGUUUGUCGCACAGUUUAUGUAGCAGCAAUUUGUUUUGCACUCUCGCGCAGGGAGAGGGUGGCGGCGGUGGUGGAAAAAAUCAACAUCCAACACCAGCCAGCCCGCCCAGCAUCUCAAGUGCAAUGGUUUUUCCCCGACGAAGACGACGCGUGUGUGUCACAGGGUGGGGCGUAUGUUGGUGUCGUCAUUAUUAUGUGACUGUCCGCAGCAAAAGCACACGUCUUGAUUUUCCACGCAACAGCUGCACUUGACAGUUCUAUCUGCCACCACCGCUCGUUAAUUUCAGUCUUAAAUGCCUCGUUCUAGUGAAAUGCUAAGAUUAGGGCCCAAACUUCCAACCGAUAGUUUUGUGCACAUGACUGGCUGGACAGUGUCGUCGUGUGUCGGGGACUCCUCGUUCGCGAUGGACAGAGUCGUGAAGCAAUUAAUUAAUCGCUUCCCACACGCCACUGAUUUCGCACGAAGCAUCACAUCGAUCGAACCGGCGUAUCCCACACCCAGCCGGGUAAUGGAGCGUGUGGUGUAUCCCUUCGCAACGGUGAAACAGCUGCUUAGUAGCCUUUGAAAGAUUUCAAGUGUGCUUGGUGUGUGCGUGUGCUUGAAGUUGUGCCGGAAGUUGGCAAGAAGAAGAUGGCCCGUUCCACCUCAAUUAAGGAAGCACUGAAGCGUUGGCAGGAAGAACACGAGGGACAGGAUCCGGUCGAGGCCGCCGACAUACAGCUACAGUUCCGCUGGCCACCGAUCGAGAAGAUGGACGGUACGCUCGGGACGCUCGUGAACUGUCAAAAGUUGAGCCUGUCAUCGAACAUGAUUGAGAAAAUCGCUGGCUUAAAUGGUAUGAAAAACUUGCGAAUACUUGCGCUCGGCCGUAACUACAUCAAAUCGCUUAGUGGUAUCGAAGUGGUGGGCGAAACGCUGGAAGAGCUUUGGAUCAGCUACAAUCUGAUCGACAAGCUGAAGGGUGUGGAAAGCCUGCGCAGGCUGAAGGUGCUCUACAUGGCGAACAAUUCCGUACGUGACUGGGGCGAGCUGGCAAAGCUGCAGGCCAUUGCCAGCACGCUCGAGGACCUGGUGUUCGCCGGCAACCCGCUGGUGGAAAACCUCGAAGAGGCGGUUUACGUACGGGAGGUUACGAAGCGGUUGCCCACACUGAAGAAGCUCGACGGUGUACCGAUGCUGACCGAGGACGAGGACUAGCAGAAGGAGGGAGCGUGUGUGUGUGUGCGGGAGUAAUGGUGUCCUUUGCGGCUAUUAGGAAGGUUUGCAGACGGUUGAGAGGGUGGUUAAUCCUUUGCCUCCCCGUAUCCCACGUGGUGUUCACAAACCGCGCUCAAUUUAUAAAGCGCCCCUCGGGAAACCACUCUCAUGUGUCUGCGAAAUGGUUGCCGCUGCUGCAAUGAUUUGGUAGUUCAUAUUUGAAUUCAUAAACGAAAACUGAGCACGUGUAA